GAUACACCUGCGCCACCUAUCGGAGGUUACGGCGAUUCCCGUGCGUGUGAUCACUAUACUCGUCUUGCCUUAUAACAUGACGUGUAUGAAAAUGAUGUAAAUAAUCAUUUUUAAAAUGGAAGAAUUUACAAAUUUUCAGGUUAUGGUGGGCCAUCUGGCCACGGUUUUUACCAUAAUAAUGUUCCUGACUGGCGUGCAGAUCUGUUUAAAAAUCUGGAGACAAGGUUCCAGUACAGAUAUAUCUUUCUUCCCUUUCAUUGCCGGUCUGGUCAGCGCAUCCCUUUGGUUGCAGUACGGUUUGUUCGUUCACGAUGCUGUGGUAAUCAUGGUCAAUAGCAUUGGUGUCAUACUUCAACUCUGUUACGUAUUUUGCUAUUAUAUUUUUACACCAGUUAGGGUAACAUUAAAUAGACAAAUAUUUUCUAUAUGCAUUGCUCUGGUUGCCUAUUAUGGUUACUUGAAUGCCGUCAUCGAGGAUAAAGAAACGGCAACUCUAGUCUCCGGACUGACUGCUUGUUGUGCGGGUUUAAUAUUCUGCGCUUCGCCUCUGGCAUCUUUGGCGGAAGUACGAAGAACUAAGACUGUUGAAAGUUUGCCAUUUUUACUAAUCCUUUUCUCCUUCUUUGUAACCUCACUGUGGUUCAUUUAUGGAUUAUUACUACAUGAUAGCUUCAUCCAAAUUCCAAAUCUUCUUGGAUGCAUCAUAUCUGGUUUUCAGUUAUUGCUGUUUGUUAUUUAUCCUUCACGAAAGCACGAAAUGUCGACCAUGUAAAAUACACCUAGUUCUUUGAGGAACAGUUAAAUGUAAGAACUGUGAUAACUUGUCUUCCACUAGACAAACAAAAUAAAGAAAGCAACACUAAUAUUUUAUUAUCACUAUUUUUAAUGGACCAAGAUAGGUGCCUCGAAAUGAUAUAUUUCUAAUCGUUGUUCUCCCUUGCAUGUACUUUUGAUAAAAGAACACCUGUUUGAUAUUGUGAUCUUUUCUUUAUAUGUAAUAUAUCAAAAAAUGGAAUUAAAGUGUUUUUGCCACAAUUCAAA